CGACGAGAGACAUCCUGGACACCAUCCUCUGAAUUGUUGUAUCAUUAUCCCCUUUGGUCACACCUAAAAAAUGGGGUCAAAAAAAAAAAAGAAAAAAACAAAGAAGAAAAAAGGGACUGGAUGAUGUUUGAUUAUCGCAUGAUUAGGCGUAGAAGGUUUAGUGAAUAAGUGAAGGAAUAUUGAGUGAAAAAAUAGUCUUAGGUGUUAAAACAAAAAUGGGUCACGGAAAAUGCAUUGUCACAGGAUGUACAUCUAGUUUUUAUAAGCAAAAAACUAAAGAAAAGAGUGGAAUAUUAGAAACAGAUCCAAAAAAUAAGACAUAUUUUUUUAAUGUUCCCAAAGUAGGUCUAGAAUUAUGGAAAAUAGCACUUUCAGGAAAUAAAACUACAAUUAAACCUGGACAAUCAGUUUGUGAUAGACAUUUUUCCAAAAAUGAUUUACGAUGGAGAAAAAUAUUAAGGGGACCAAAUGGCAUGAUCCUAGGAGUGAGUGCCGAUUUCAAAAUGCCAAAAUUAAAAGAAGGAGCAGUGCCAACUAAACGUUUAGGAGAUAAUCCACUUGAAGAAACUGAUGAUGAUGAUGAUGAGAAUGAUAAUUCAGAAGCAACAAUUUCAGAUACUGAAAUUAUUAAAAAAGAACCGAUAAACGAUAACGAAAGUAAUGUCGAGGAUAUUUUUCAAGAUUUCGAAGAAAUUGAACAUUUUGAAGCAUACUAUCAUUUAGCAGCUGAAUCGAAAUUAAAAAUAAAUAAAUCCAACAAAGAAAUUUCUUUAUUUGACAUUAUUCACAGUAAUGAGAAAAGUGUUGCAUUACCAUCAGUUUGGACACGACAAAAUCUCAUGCAUAAUGGUGAAAAAUUUAUUGUCUUCAAUCAAUUUGUAACAAAAAUGGAAAAUGGAAUUAUUGAACCACGCUGCUCAAAACAAGUGAUGCUUGAUAAAAAUUUACAGACAACAAUUUUCAUAACACGUGAAAAAUUAAAAAAUGAAAAUACCGAAAUAAAAGACAUUAAAAUUGUCAGUAUUGAUGAUCUUGAAUUUUUAUUAAAAGUCAUUCAUUCAUGGCGUAUUUGCGCUGGAUUAAAAAUACAAUAUGAUAAAACAAAAGAUUUUUCAUUUGUUCGUGUUGAUAAGGAAAAUGUUGUACGUAGUUUAGAAUGUACAUUUUAUAUACCAUCAAUAUCGCGUAGUAGUUGUUGUGAUUAUUGUCGAAAAUCGCGAAAAACAGUUACACAAAAAAUAGCGCGAAUGGAAAAAAGUUCAACGCUAACGCGUCUUCGUCUUUGUUUAACGGGUAAACAAAAGAAGAAAUUAGAUGAAAUGAGACGUGAAAUUAAAACACUUCGUCGUGGAAGAGCAAGAUCAUUGGUGAGAAUUAAAUUGUUAAAAGAAUUACGUAUACGUGAACGUGAAGAAUUUUUACGUUGUCAAAAAACAUUGGAUCAAAUGUUAAUGGCAAGUAAUCUUGAUGCAAAUCAAAAAUUAGUUGCAAUGGAAAUGUUGGCAUCAACAAAACAAGCGCCACGUGGAAGAAGAUAUUCGAAAAUAUGGAUUUCAUUUUGUUUGACGUUACACAGAAAAUCGCCGACUGUGUAUAAAUUUUUGAAAUUGAACAAUGUUUUACCAUUGCCUGCAACUCAGACUCUCAGCAGGUUCGCUCAACAAAAUCCAACAGUGGAUCAAGAAAUUUUUGUUCUUGAAGCUAAUGAAGAGGAAAUGAUUAUUGAUGACAUUACGGAAGCUAUGUUUGAAAACGAAAUUGUCCCUUUAAAUGAACUACCUGAUAUCGAAAUAGAGACUGAAGUUAUUUAAUUUAAUUCCUAAAUUAAAAUUUGCAAAAAAAAAAACGCGAAAGAAAAUUACUGCUCAAAUAUUAUAGAUGGAAUGAUUCCUUUAAUUUUAGGAAGAAAUUUCGAAAAUUGGACGUUAAUAUUUAACAAAAAUUUUUUUUCCAUACUUUUAUUUUGUUUAACGUGUUUAAAUGUUUCGUUUACGUAUGUUUUUUUUCCAAGUAUUUUGUU